UUUACUUGGGGUCCGUUUUGUGAGAAUAAACAUGUCGGCGGCUUUUCGAGUUUUUGGCUUAAAUUUAUUAAAAACUAACCGGAAUUUAACACAAAAUAUAUCUCGCCUGAAUAAUGCCGCCCUCGCAAGCAGUAAUUUACAGUCACAAUGUUCCAACUACAGUACCGAGACUGUGCAGGCAGCGCCGUUGGCGAUAAAGAAGCAAAAAGUUAGCAAAGCCAUGAAGGCAUAUUUGGAACGUGCUCAAGAACAUGAUGAGUUCAUGAAGACACAACAUUUGGAAUAUCAUAUUGGUAAACGCCAUUUGGCCAAUAUGAUGGGUGAAGAUCCUGAGACCUUUACACAGGAAGAUAUUGAUAACGCCAUUGAGUAUUUGUUCCCAUCUGGCAUUUAUGAUAAGAAAGCUAGGCCUGCCAUGAAAAAUCCUGAUGAAGUAUUUCCGGCACGUAAAGCAGCUGAAUUUGAUGAGACCGGUAGACCAUUCCACAGCAUGUUCUAUACUGGAAAUCCAAAUUUCUAUAAAUUGUUGUAUGAUAUUGUUGAGGAAAUCAAUAAACUCUAUGAUUUGGAUGAACGUAUGUUGCGUCGUGGCCAAAAACCUGAUCCCAAUCUUAAGAUCGAUUUAACCGGUUUUAGCUGGGUCAGCAAGGAGGUUUUGGAAUUACGUUUAGUUGAAAAAAUCUCCGAUAUCGAAUACAACAGUUUCACUGCAACUAUGGAACGUUUAGUUGCCCAUCCGUAUUCAUACAAAUGCAAAGCAUUUAUUGAUAAUUAUACUAAAGCCUUAAUGGAUCAUUCCAGUCAAUUGGAAAUACCUCAACCCCAUAUCGACGAGGAGGGACGUCAGUAUAUAACAACUUAUGAAUGUUUACGGAAAACUGCUCGUGGCGAUGUUACCAUACGUGUACCGGGUACUGGAAAAAUUACUAUAAAUGGUCAAGAUAUAACAUACUUUGAGGAUGCACAACCACGUGAACAGAUUCUAUUUCCUUUGAUCUUUGCCGAAAUGUUGGGUAAAUGUGAUGUGGAAGCCAAUGUUGAAGGUGGUGGCAGUUCGGGUCAAGCGGGCGCCAUACGUUGGGGCAUUGCCAUGUGUUUGCGUAGCUUUGUUGAUCAGGAAAUGAUUGAAUCCAUGCGCAUAGCCGGUCUUCUGACACGUGAUUAUCGCAGACGUGAACGUAAGAAGUUUGGCCAAGAGGGUGCUCGCCGCAAAUACACAUGGAAGAAGCGUUAAAUGUUUUUCUUUGUCACCACAGUUUGAUUUGAUAUUUUGUAACGAACAAAUAAAAAAGAAUUACAUCUUAUUUAAUGGUUGUAAGCCCAAAA